GGGGCGGAACCAGCGAGACGGGAGCCCAGAGCGGCCGGGCCGGGCCCCUCCCGCCGCGCAGCCCCCCCGCUCUAUGGUUCCGCGCGCCGCUCUGGCCCCGCGUCUCGCUGCUCCCGGCCCGGAGUCCGCCACGGGCAGAGCGAGCGGGUUGGCGCAUGGAGCCCCCCGGCGCCCGCUGAGCCUGGCAUGGACGGCGCCCCGCCCCCCCCCCGCAGCCCCGGCCUGGCGCUGGCCCUGGCGCUGGCCCUGGCGCUGAGCGGGGCCCGAUGGGCCGGCGCCGGCGACUGCAAGGGGCAGCGCCAGGUGCUGCGGGGCCCCGAGGGGUUCGUCAGCGACGGGCCGGGCAACUACUCUGUGAACGGGAACUGCGAGUGGCUGAUCGAAGCCCCCAGCCGCCGGCACCGCGUGCUCUUGACGUUCCUGUUCAUGGACACGGAGUGCACCUACGACUACCUCUUCGUCUACGACGGCGACUCCCCGCGCUGCCCCCUGCUGGCCAGCCUGAGCGGCAGCACCCUGCCCGCCCCCCUGGAGGCCACCUCCGGCCAGAUGCUGCUGCACCUGUUCAGCGACGCCAACUACAACCUGCUGGGCUUCAACGCCAGCUACCGGGUCUCGCUGUGCCCCCGCGGCUGCUCCGGCCACGGCACCUGCGAGCCCCACGGCCAGUGCCGGUGCCGGCCUGGCUGGGGGGGGCCGGACUGCGCUGUGCCCCCCUGCGACAGCUACUGCCUGGGCCACGGGGCCUGCGACCAGGAGUCUGACCGGUGCCGGUGCCAGCCGGGCUUUGUGGGCGAGGCCUGUGACCUGGCGCUGGGCGAGAACCAGGGCGCCGGGCGCUGGUACAACGUGAGCUCCACCGACCCCCACUUCCGGCCCCGCACGGCUGCCGCCGGCGCUGUCCUGCCCCCCACCGGGGCGCUCUACAUCUUCGGGGGGCUGGACCUGAACACGGCGCUGGGCGACCUCGUCAUCUACAACUUCACCUCCAACCUGUGGCAGAGUCGGGUGCUGAGCCCCUCCCCGGCGGCCCGUCACUCCCACGUGGCCGUGGCCUGGCAGGGCUGCCUGGUGCUGUGUGGCGGGGAGCUGGCCGACGGCUUCUUGGCCAGCGACGUCUGGAUGUACCAACCCCACGCGGGGCGCUGGCUGGAGCUGGGCCCCUCCAACGCCACGGGCUCCCUGCCCCCCGGCCUGGCCAGCCACGCCGCAGCCGUGGUCGACACGUGGCUCUAUGUCUUCGGAGGCCGCACCACCAUGGACGUCUUCUCCUCACAGAUGUUCCGCUUCCAUCUGGAGAGCUGGCACUGGGAACGCGUGGUGCCCGCCGGGGGGAAGGCGCCCGCUGCUGCCGGGCACUCCAUGGUCUUCCACCCGCCCUCCCGCGCCCUGCUGGUGUACGGGGGGCACCGGCCCUCCACAGCCCGGUUCAGCAUGCGGGUGAACAGCACGGACCUGUUCCACGUGGACCGGCGGCACUGGAGCACCUUGCGGGGGCGCGACCCCCAGCACGGCCCCCGCGAGCGCGUCUUCCACAGCGCCAGCGUGCUGGGCAGCUACAUGGUGGUGUACGGGGGCAACGUGCACAUUCACUACCACGAGGAGAAGUGCUACGAGGAUGAACUUUUCUUCUACCACCUGGGCUGCCACCAGUGGGUGCCCGGCCGGGCGCUGGCGCAGAGCCUGCCCCACGAGCGGGCCGGGCGGGCGGCCGGGGGGCGCUAUUCCCACGUGGCGGCCGUGCUGCAGGACAAUGUGCUGCUGGUGGCCGGGGGGUUCAGUGGGGCCCCCCGCGGGGACCUCGUGGCCUACAAGGUGCCCACCUUCGUCUUCCAGGUGCCCGCCCAGAACUACCACCUGGAUUACUGCUCCAUGUACUCGGAGAGCAGCACCUGCGGGAAGGACCCCGAGUGCUCCUGGUGCCUGGACGCCUGCCAGAGCCCCGCGCCCCCCAGCAACUGCCCCAGCACCGGCUGCCUGGGCCUGGCCCGUCUCCUGGUAGACUGUGAGUCCUGCCUGGCGUUUGGGGGGGAAGCCCCCGCCCUGCCCCACGCGCCCGGGCCCUUCGGAUGGUGCGUGCAGAAUGAGACCUGCAUGCCUGUCGCAGAGCAGAACCGGUGCCGUGUGGGGCAGAUCUCGGGUACCUACGGCUGGUGGGGGCCGCGCCCUGUGUUCAUCACCUCCCUGGAGAGCUGCCGACGUCACAACUUCCUGCCCGGCCUGCACCUCAUCACCUACCAGCACCCCCGCAACGACUCGCAGCCCGACAAGGUGUCCAUCGUCCGCAGCACGACCAUCACGCUGAGCCCCAGCUCGGAGAUGGACGUCUCCCUGGUCUACAAGGGCUUCAUCUACCCGCUGCUGGCCGGGCCCCCCCCAGCCCCCCACGUCUCCAUCUGGGCCCGUGUGCAGCGCCUCCACGUGGUCGCCAAGCUGGGCCGCGCCCCCAACUCCCCUGAGCUGGAGGAGGUGGGGCGCUGGGCCGUGCAGCAGGAGAGGGAGACGCGCCCCCUGCAGCGCCCGGGCGCCCAGCGGCUCUUCGGCAGCCCCGAGCGGGGCAACAAAUACCUGGUGCAGGUCGAGGGGCAUCUCAACAGCUCGGGCACCGGGCAGAGCAGCGAGCUCACCCUCAUCUGGGACCGCACCGGCGUGCCAGGCGGCAGCGAGAUCUCGUACUUCUUCCUGGAGCCGUUCCGCGCGGGGCCCUGCCACUCCUACCCCUCCUGCCUGGCCUGCCUGGCCGACCAGGGCUGCGGCUGGUGCCCGCUCAGCGCCAGCUGCCACGGCCGGCUGGAGGGGCCGGGGGGGCGGGGGGCCAUGCGGGGGGGGCUCUGUGCGCCUCGUCCUCUCUCCCAGCAACUGUUUCCUGUGCGAGGAGUACCGGGACUGCCACGCCUGCAGCGCGGUGAGACGGGCCCCGGGGGUGGGGUCUUGGGGGGCGUGGGGAGGGCGAGAUGUUCCCUAGGGUACGAUAUGGAUGGCUGAACCGGGGCCCCCCCGACUCUGUGCCUGGGGAACAGCG